GCAUUAUCAAAUAGAAAGAACAAGAGGAGGAUAAAGACAUUGUUGGUCGGACUUGAUAAUGCAGGCAAGACAACAAUGUUGUAUAGGAUGAUGGAUUAUAGUGUUGAUGAUCAACUGUCGUUUGUAGAGAAUGGUAUAGAGUUUGUAACAUACAACAACUUGGAUAUCUUCACUUGGGAUUUGGGUGGCUCAACAAAGUACGGUCAUAGAUGGAGAGAACACUAUAAGACAACAGAUGCAUUGAUCUAUGUAUUGGAUUCAACAGAUACAGAUAGGAUCAAUGAAGUAUUUGAAGAGUUGAAGAAGAUAUGCUGCGAUCUUAAACCAUUCGUACCUGUACUUAUAAUGUUGAACAAACUAGAUAUCAAUAGUGGGUCAUCAUCACCAUCUUCAUCAAUAUCAGUCGAGUUGAUCAAUGUAUACAUGUCAUCGAUAUUGGCAACAUGGCAGUUUCAUUGCCAACCCAGUGUCGCCACACGAGGCGAGGGCAUCCAAGAAGGUCUGGCAUGGCUCGACCGAGCACUGAUAGAGUUAGAUUCGCGUAAAGAGGCA